UCUCGAGUGUCGUUAGUUGAGUAUUGUAAUUUCUUUUUUAUUAUUGUUAUUCAUUUGUAUUACUUCAAAUUGAAAUUAUUUGAUUUCGCACAACAAGUUGCCAAUAAAGUACAAUGAAAAUAAAGGUGAUAAACGUUUAGUGGAAUGGGGUAAUGAAACACUCUUGGUGUAUGUGUAUGUGUGUGUUGUGUAUAGGCAGGUAAUUAAAGUACUGUCGUGUCCACGUGCUUCGGGUCUUUACUAGAAGAUGUAUCUUUACUGAGAUGACUAUCUUUUACAAAGAAAUUCCUAAAAAAAUGGAGUACGAAGUAAUGGAUGGAAUCGUUAGCGAAGAUACCGCUGAAAACAGCAGUGACAGCAAUGAAGAUUCCGCAAACAGUGAUAUCGAAGAGAACGAGGAUCAAGAUGAUCAAUCCAAAGUGUAUCUCCCUGGAAAUCCUUUAGGAAACGAUGAAGAGCUUGUCGUUGAUAAAACGGCGUACCGAAUGUUACAUCAUGCGCAAUCCGGAGCACCUUGCCUUAGUUUCGAUAUCAUUCCGGAUAAUUUAGGAAAUAACAGAGAAGAUUAUCCUUUGAGUAUGUAUCUUGUUGCUGGAACUCAGGCUGCAAAGACACAUGUUAACAAUCUCCUCGUUAUGAAAAUGAAAAAUCUUCACUCUACGAAAGAUGAUUCUGAAGAUGAGUCUGACAGUGACGAAUCGGAUAGCGAAAGUAAAGAAAGCAGUCCAGUCAUGACUGUUGCACCGAUAAAGCAUCAGGGGUGUAUUAAUAGAGUAAGGUACACAAAAAUUGGUGAAACACCAUUAGUUGCAAGCUGGAGCGAAUUGGGUCGCGUACAUAUUUGGAAUUUAGAGGAACAAUUAAAAGUACUUGAUAACAAUGAGCUGCUCCAUGCAUAUCGUAAAAAGUGUGAAAAAAACGAUGGAGGCGUUAAACCAUUAUUUACUUUCAAAGGACACCUUUCAGAAGGGUACAGCAUUGACUGGUGUCCAACAGAAGUGGGUACACUAGCUUCUGGUGACUGCAAGGGUAACAUUCAUAUAUGGCGCAUAGGAGACAAUAAUGGCUGUGCCACAUGGCAUGUAGACCAAAGACCAUAUAAUUCCCAUACACCGCACAGUGUGGAAGACCUUCAGUGGUCUCCUAAUGAAAGACAUGUACUAGCUUCAUGUUCUGUUGAUAAAAGCAUAAAAAUCUGGGAUACAAGGGAAAGUCCACACUCUGCCUGCAAGUUAACAGCAAUUGGCACACACACUGCUGACAUCAAUGUGAUUUCAUGGAAUCGAAAAGAAAAUCAAUUCCUCGUAUCUGGAGGUGACGAUGGUUUGAUUUGUAUAUGGGACUUGCGUCAAUUUAGUUCUAAUGGCGCGAGUCCAUUGGCUGUAUUCAAGCAACACACUGCUCCUGUUACAACGGUGGAAUGGCAUCCUCAAGAAGCUACAGUUUUCGCUUCAGGCGGAGCUGACGAUCAGAUUGCUCAAUGGGACUUGUCUGUAGAAACUGAUCAGUCGGAGGAGAUGAAAAAUAGCGAGCUGAAAGACUUACCUCCGCAAUUGUUAUUUAUACAUCAAGGUCAAACGGAUAUUAAAGAAUUACAUUGGCAUCCUCAGUGUUCAGGUGUUGUAAUAUCAACAGCGCACUCAGGAUUUAAUAUAUUUCGUACGAUUAGUGUAUGAUAAACUCGACCAUUUACUAAUACAUAUAAUGUUUGUAAAAUAAUGUUUGUCGAUUAAACAUUUUUUUUUUUAUCUUUUG